AUGCGCCGGGGGGACUCAGCCGACAAUGACGGCGACGGCAGACGUGAGCGCUGCCUGACCGGCGACGGCGAGAAUACUGGUGACCUGCUCCGGGGGGACUCAGCCGACGAUGACGGCGACGGCAGACGUGAGCGCUGCCUGACCGGCGACGGCGAGAGUACUGGCGACAUGCGCCGGGGGGACUCAGCCGACGAUGACGGCGACGGCAGACGUGAGCGCUGCCUGACCGGCGACGGCGAGAGUACUGGCGACAUGCGCCGGGGGGACUCAGCCGACGAUGACGGCGACGGCAGACGUGAGCGCUGCCUGACCGGCGACGGCGAGAAUACUGGUGACCUGCUCCGGGGGGACUCAGCCGACGAUGACGGCAACGGCAGAUGCGAGCGCUGCCUGACCGACGACGGCGAGAACGUGAGCGCUGCCUGA